GAGUAGCCGGACGACGGGCUGGUGGGGUGAACCCCUCAUCCUGGGUCUUUUAAUUUCUCAGGCGGAACGAGUGGCAGCAGACAGAGGCCUUUGGCGGCGCUGUCUGUGGGUUUUCUGAGCUUGGGGAACUGGGUACGGAGACCGUGGCGCCGGCCGCCGGUCACCCAGCUCUGCUUCCAGUCGUGUGGCAAAAAGCUGAGGCGCUUCUCCUUUAAUUGCGGUGGGCGGGGCGUGCCGACGCGGCCCGCGUUGCUAUUGGUGGCCGUUGGGGGCGCGGAAACUGAACGGGCCGCAACGGCCACCGCCGCUGCCUUCGGCGCCGCCAGCCCGGCCAUGGCUGCGCCCUGCGCGGAAGAGUGCUGGCCCCGGGGAAGCCCCUUCCUCACCCAGGCUUCACACAUUUGACCCUGGCUCUCCUCCAGGAGGACCCCUCGCUGGAAAGGCAUUUUAAGGGCCACCGAGAUGCAGUUACCUGUGUGGACUUCAGUAUCAACACAAAGCAACUGGCCAGUGGCUCCAUGGACUCAUGCCUCAUGGUCUGGCACAUGAAGCCGCAAUCACGCGCCUACCGCUUCACUGGCCACAAGGAUGCCAUCACCUGUGUGAACUUCUCUCCUUCGGGACACCUGCUUGCUUCUGGCUCCCGAGACAAGACUGUCCGCAUCUGGGUACCCAAUGUCAAAGGUGAGUCAACUGCGUUUCGUGCACACACGGCCACAGUGAGGAGUGUCCACUUCUGCAGUGAUGGCCAGUCCUUCGUGACAGCCUCUGACGACAAGACAGUCAAAGUGUGGGCAACUCAUCGCCAGAAAUUCCUGUUCUCCCUGAGCCAGCACAUCAACUGGGUCCGCUGUGCCAAGUUCUCCCCCGACGGGCGACUCAUCGUGUCUGCCAGUGAUGACAAGACUGUUAAGCUGUGGGACAAGAGCAGCCGGGAAUGCGUCCACUCGUAUUGCGAGCAUGGCGGCUUUGUCACCUAUGUGGACUUCCACCCCAGUGGAACAUGCAUUGCCGCUGCCGGCAUGGACAACACAGUGAAGGUGUGGGAUGUGCGGACUCACCGGCUGCUGCAGCAUUAUCAUUUGCACAGUGCUGCAGUGAACGGGCUCUCUUUCCACCCGUCGGGAAACUACCUAAUCACGGCCUCCAGUGACUCGACCCUGAAGAUCCUGGACCUGAUGGAGGGCCGGCUGCUCUACACACUCCACGGGCAUCAGGGACCAGCCACCACUGUUGCCUUUUCAAGAACGGGGGAGUACUUUGCUUCUGGAGGCUCUGAUGAACAAGUGAUGGUUUGGAAGAGUAACUUUGAUACUAUUGAUCAUGGAGAAGUCAUGAAAGUGUCGAGGCCCCCAGCCACACUGGCCAGCUCCACGGGGAAUCUGCCAGAAGUGGACUUCCCUGGCCCCCCAGGCAGAGGCAGGAGUGUGGAGUCUGUGCAGAGCCAGCCCCAGGAGCCCGUGAGCGUGCCCCAGACGCUGACCAGCACGCUGGAGCACAUUGUGGGCCAGCUGGAUGUCCUCACUCAGACAGUCUCCAUCCUGGAGCAGCGGUUGACACUGACAGAAGACAAGCUGAAGCAGUGUCUGGAGAACCAGCAGCUAAUCAUGCAGAGAGCAACACCGUGAUCGGGGGAGCAAGAAUCAGGAGCUCGGUUGAUUUGCGGGUGGCAGGCCAGGGAUUUGUACCGUGGGACUUGGAUAAAUAAAGGGAACUGAACUCUGUGGGAAUCAUAUCCAUACCGGAGCCCUGGAUUUUUGCAGUUCUGCCCUCCAUCUUGCUAUCUGCACCAGGAGGCUCUCCACCUGGCAGCCAGAGGUCCCCAGUGGGCCGGGCUCACACACAAAUGAUGCUUCAGACCCGACUGAGAGGACCACAUUUUCCUUAAUGUAAAGGAGCCACUUGAAAAUGCCUGCUCCCUCGGGGUCCUGAGACUGUGGCUCCCCCUCUGGAGGAGGUGGCCCCACCAUGCCUUGAUUUUCACUCAUCAUUUGGACACGUGAUUGGCUUUUGCCACCCCUGCCAUGGCGUAGAAAUUGACUGCACACUGAUUGGAUGAGCCGGGGGGUUUCUCUAAAUCUGACUAAAGGCCCAAAGUGGGCCCAUCUGAGUCAGGUUUGUCGGGAACAAGCCCUCUCGAGUGGGUGGUGGCUUUCAGUGGCCCUGAUUUCUGUUCCACCCGUGUUCACUGGAGCCAGGUGGCUUCCUCCUCCUUGCGUGAGUGACAGCACAGGAAUCUCAAAAUUAAACGUGACUUCAUUGCACUUGUUGCAGGAGUGGCUUA